AUGGCGGAAAAGUCCCGCAACCGAUCUGCGAUCUUCCUCGUCAUCUCUCCACUUUUCUUCAUCAUCUCGGCCACCACCGUUCACUGCCGGUCCAUCUCCCCCAAGUCCGUCGCCCACACCGCGACGCUCGACGUCGCCGCCGCCUUGGAGAGGACCGGCGCGGUUCUCUCUCUAGACCAUCAAACGAAGCAAUCCCUCCUCCACCAGGAGGAGCUGAGAGGGAAUGAGAAUCGCCACCACAGUACUGCGCCCGGAUCCGCCUCCCUUAGGGUGCGGCUCCACCCCCGGGAGUCCCUCCAGCCGCCGGCGCACGCGGACUACAGAUCCCUCACCUUGGCCCGCCUGGCCCGCGACGACGCCCGCGUCCGUGCCAUCAAUGCCCGGCUCGAGCUCGCCAUCCAUGGCGUGAAAAGGUCAGAUCUGACGCCGCUCAUCCAGGAAGAAGAAGCCGUGACGGCGGCCGGCGGCGAUGGUCUGAGCGGGCCGGUGGUCUCGGGGACGAGCCAGGGUAGCGGGGAGUACUUCUCCCGCGUUGGAAUCGGCAGACCGGCGAGGUUGCAGUACAUGGUGCUGGACACGGGGAGCGAUGUGACGUGGGCGCAAUGUCAGCCCUGCGCCGACUGCUACCAGCAGGCCGACCCGUUCUUCGACCCCGCCGCCUCCUCCACCUACUCCCCCCUGUCCUGCGGCUCCUCCCAGUGCCGCCAGCUCGACGUCUCCGCCUGUCGCAACGGCUCCUGCCUCUACCAGGUGUCCUAUGGCGACGGCUCGUACACCGUGGGCGAUUUUGCCACCGACACCAUCACCCUCGGCGGCGCCUCCGUCCCCGGGAUAGCCUUCGGCUGCGGGCACGACAACGAGGGGCUGUUCGUCGGCGCCGCCGGCCUCCUCGGCCUCGGGGGCGGUGCUCUCUCCUUCCCUUCCCAAGUCUCCGCCACUUCCUUCUCUUACUGCCUCGUGGACCGCGAUUCCACCUCCUCUUCCACCCUCGAGUUCGGGUCAGGCGCGGGCGGGGGGGACGCCGCCGUCUCUGCUCCCCUGCUCCGCAACCGGAAGCUGGACACCUUCUACUACGUGGGAUUCACAGGGAUCAGCGUCGGCGGGCGGAUGUUGUCCAUCCCGCCGUCGUCCUUCUCCAUGGGUGAAAGCGGGGAGGGGGGAGUCAUCGUGGACUCCGGCACGGCGGUGACGCGGCUCCAGAGCGACGCCUACGCCUCACUGAGGAACGCCUUCACCAAGGGAACGGCGGGGCUGCCGCCGGCGAUGGGCGUGGCGCUGUUCGACACCUGCUACGACCUAUCCGGGCGGGACACGGUGGAGGUCCCGGCGGUGUCCUUCCAAUUCCCCGGUGGCAAGGCUCUAAGGCUGCCGGCCAAGAACUACUUGAUCCCGGUGGAUUCCUUCGGCACCUUCUGCCUCGCCUUCGCGCCGACGUCGUCGGGACUGUCCAUCAUCGGCAACGUGCAGCAGCAGGGAACCCGCGUCGGCUUCGACCUCGCCAACUCCCUCGUCUCCUUCUCCCCGCAUGAAUGCUAG